AGUACAACUGAUCUACUACUGAUAGUGAAUCUAGAACUCUAGAUUAUUAGACUAGAGUCUAAAUCUAUCUAUAUUGACUAGUGUCAUAUAUUCAUUCUACAGUGACUACAGUCUAGUAACUAUCCAAACCUCCCGCAGGACAACGGGUGAUGGGAGCAGGCAGUGUUUGAACACUGGACCAUCAAUAAAUCCGAAUGACAGUCCAGCACACAAACCGCAUGACCAGGCCUUCAUACUAGAUAUCUAGAUUUAGAUUUUAGAUCUACAUAGUCACAACAUUGUGGUAUUUAUAACAUCAUAAAGAUGUCAAGAAGACCCGCUGGAAUAGCAGCUAUUAAAAACAAAAAUUUGGCACAGGCUAAAUACAAAGAUAAAGGCAGUGAACUUGCUGAAAGCCAAUUUGUUCAGAUGGGACAGCAGAUGGAAAUGUUUAAAAACAAUUUAGAAGAUUUUGCAGCCAAGCAUCGGGAAGAUAUUCGCAAAGACCCAGAGUUUAGGCUCCAGUUUCAAGAAAUGUGUGCAUCCAUUGGGGUAGAUCCAUUAGCUUCUAGCAAAGGAUUUUGGGCAAAAAUGUUAGGUGUUGGAGAUUUCUAUUAUGAAUUGGGUAUUCAGAUUGUAGAAGUGUGUCUGGCAACAAGUAAAAGAAAUGGAGGCUUGAUAAGUAUUGAAGAUUUGCGGAGAAAAGUUGAAGCUUCUAGAGGUCGUAAUUCACAACAAAUUAGCAUAGAUGAUCUUUUACAGUCUAUCAAAAAACUGAAGAUAUUGGGAAAUGGGUUUUCUGUUCAUAAAGUGGGAAACAGUUUUCUUGUCCAGUCCAUACCAGGGGAACUGACUCUUGAUCACACUGUGGUUUUACAGCAAGCACAAGAACAUGGUCAUGUGACUCUAUCAGGACUUAUUCAAACCUUGAACUGGGAAGAAUCAAGAGGCAAAAGAGCAUUGGAUUUCCUGGUCAAAGAAUGUCUUGGAUGGGUUGAUGACCAAAGUGGAGCAGAACGUUCUUAUUGGUUCCCAAGUCUGAUACCAGAUUUCACUACAACUUUAACUUGAUUUGGUUUUUCAAUCAUUAUUUUAGAUACAUUUCAAAGCCCCUUUUACUGAAAGUUUCAUGAAUGAAUUGGCAUUUGUGCUUUUCACAUAAUAUCUGUCAAUGUGUUAGGAAAAAAAAAUAUUUUCAUUCAUGUUACAAGAGUGCUACAUAAUUUUUUUUUCUUUUUCAGAUUGUGACUUGUUUUUAUUUAUUACAUUUAUUGUAUGCAUCUGCUAAUAUUUCAUCAAUAUUUAUUUUAUGUUUUUUGAAUAAUAAUGUAUUUAUUUCAAACAAAAUUCUUCUAAAUUUGACAAUUCAAACACACAAAAAAACUUUUUUUUUUUACUGGUAGGGGGACUAUCAAAUGUGUUAGCCACAACUUUCAAAAUGUCCAAUCAAGGACAUUAAUAAGUUUGUAAAAUAAAUGUCUACCAAAUUAAUUUCUAAAUGAAAACACAGUUCAGUUUCAAAUGUAAUACAAUGACACUUGAGUGUUCUCAUUAUUUAUUAAGAGUUCUUCUAGCCAUACAAGUGCUGCUGAGCUGUAAACUGUUUUGCAGACUGUGUCUAGGAAAAAUAGCAUGCUGUUUUCUUGAGUUGUCCAGCACUGCCAUCCAGAGUGUUGAUUAUGUUGGGCUGUAGUGGUAGUAGGGUCUGCCUAAGGAGGGUUAAGAUGGAGGAUUCAAAGAGGAUAUGGUUUACGGUUUUAUAAGGGUGGGUACAGUGUCUACAGAAGGUUAGUUUUGUGGGAUUUAUUUUGUUAAGGUGAUUAUUUAAAUGUGUGUGUCCUGUCCUUAGUUGGAAGAUUGUAGAUUGCUCUUUGUGGGGGAAAGGAGAGGGGGGAAGAGAAAAUUAAAACUGUUCAGUUGGUUUGGCAUGGUCAUUUCUUUCAAUUUAGCUCUGCCUGUGUUUCCUGAUGCCCAUUGGUUGAGCCACUCCUCUUUGUGAUUAACAUUGACCUUAGAGUGAGGGAGUUAACUGGUCUAUCUGGUUGUUCUAUAGAUGAUGCCAACAUUGAUAGUUUUAUCAGCCUUUCAUUUCCCAUGAUACCUAUGUAUCCAAAACAAAGUUCUACAAAAUUAAUUUCUAAAUGAAUGUUUGAAUACAACAGCACUUAUGUGUUCUCAUUAUACCACGUCAAAUAGUUCACAUUAAAAGUGUUUUUGUUGAUUAAUUCAUAGCUGUGUUUAUAUAUUUUAUAAGGUAAAACCUUAUUUUAAGCUGUAUCAGUUUUGAUAAAUUAUAAUGUUGAUAAUUACAUUUAUGACUCUGUUU